GAGCCCGGAGCUAAUGAUGAUCAUUUCAGUCGGAGACGUUGCAUAACAGGCAGUUUGAGAUAAAUAACGCAUUUUUCUUUGAACUGUGAAUCACACAAAGCAGCUGGAGUGGAGUCGUAGAAUAAAAUUAUAGAGCUGGGAAAGAGAAUAAUGUGUUUCCUUUAAGGAGCUUUGUUCCUAUUUCGUGUCCAAUAAAUCGUUUUGAUGAUUUUAAAAAUGAGAACGUUGCCCAAACAACCAGUCGGAUAACGUACCGGUCAUUCUCACCCGAUGUUGAUAAACCUGUUUAGUAAGGCGCGUGGUUAUUAUGCAAUUAAUUUUUAUCACUUGCUUUUUUGUUGACUAUAUUUUUAAAGGUGUCGCUGCAACAAUCUACGCCAAGACCAAGGUGUUUCUAUAGAAGCGAAUAUCAAAUCUCAGUUUUCUCGUUUCAAAAGCAAUUUCAUGGAUUGAUCGACCUAACUACCGGCUCCCGAAAACAAUUUAGAGACACAUUGUUUGGAGCAACAUCCGCUUUUUCUUUUCUAUGAGCAAUUUCAGGGCGCCCCGCUGGCCUAAAGGGGCAAAGGCACCCCCUCUAAAAGUCUAUAUAAAAAAACUUAACCCCCGAGACGCCAGUUUGGGCGACGCGGGGGUCUCUGAGGCUCAGACAAGAGGAAACCCAAAGAAAGGAUGGAGAGGGAGGGUGAGGGUUUCUCAUGGUGGAGGACUGGAGCGUGCCACGUGUCACCAGUUCACCUUGGCCUGUGGAUAAUGGGAUGAAAUGGUCCUGGUUGUUCACGAGCUGGCACGUCAGGAUCUCAAAUCCUACUGGGUUCCAGAAGACUCUGCUGCUGCUGCAGAGGCUCCUGUGUUUAACUCAGACCUGUAACGAGAUGUAUAUUUAUGGUGAAAUGUGUUUUCUUUUUCCUUGCCCUGGCUUCACCCUCUGGAGAUAUUUAAUCUUCUUAUUCUUCCGCACGGAUAAUGAAUAAUUAAUAUUUACCAGGCUGCUAAACCAACCAGAAUCUCAAACAGUCAUCUUUUCAAUCCCCCGUCCCACAGGGGGCCGAUUUGUACUUUGUGCUUUCCAGUUAAGAGAUUUGCUCUGACCCUGGCUUUCCCCUCACAUCUCCCACCACAGAAGCAUCUUCCUCUCCGUCUUUCUUCCUUUCUUCCUUCACACUCAAGGUCAACGCUGUUCUCACUCCGUUACGUGAAGGUGCAGCAGCGGCCGACAGUGUUUGGCCAGAUGUCUGAAAGUCUGCCCCGAGGAUUCACCUCCUCACAAUCCUGUGUUUGCCCACGAGUCAAAUCGACUUUGAACUGUGGGGUUUAAUCAUUUAUACGUUUAAAAAAAAAAAAAAGAGGUGUGUUGCUACAUUUCCGGGCAACAUGACGUGUUUAACUUUGUGGCCUCACUGACAAAGACCACUGAUGCAAAUUACAUUAUUGGAAAGGGAGGAUGACGGAUGAUGGGGCUCGAGGAAAUGAGGGGAGGACCUGAGAUGUCGAACUGGGAUCGAUGAUUGGUUUUGGUGGAAAGAGUCUGUGGAGAGGAACCCAGGAGAAUGAGACUCUCUGUGGGGGGGAAGUGGAGAUCGUCCUUGUCGUGUUCUUCGGCGUGGAGUACUUCGUCCGCCUCUGGUCGGCCGGCUGCCGCAGCAAGUACGUCGGCAUCUGGGGCCGACUUCGCUUUGCCAGGAAGCCGAUAUCUAUUAUAGACCUGAUCGUGGUGGUUGCGUCGGUGAUCGUUCUGUCAGUGGGAUCCAAAGGACAAGUGUUCGCCACCUCUGCUGUGAGGGGGAUUCGCUUCCUGCAGAUCCUGCGGAUGCUGCACGUUGACCGGCAGGGAGGAACCUGGCGUCUCCUGGGCUCGGUUGUCUUCAUGCAUCGGCAGGAGCUGAUCACGACCUUGUACAUCGGCUUCCUGAGCCUGAUCUUCUCCUCCUACUUCGUGUACCUGGCAGAGAAAGACGCCGUCGACAGCAGCGGCUCCGUCGAGUUCGGGAACUACGCCGAUGCUCUGUGGUGGGGAGUGGUGACGGUGACGACCAUCGGCUACGGAGACAAAGUGCCACAGACCUGGAUCGGAAAGACCAUCGCCUCCUGCUUCUCAGUCUUUGCCAUUUCCUUCUUUGCCCUGCCUGCAGGGAUCCUGGGCUCAGGCUUCGCCCUGAAGGUUCAGCAGAAGCAGAGACAGAAACACUUCAACCGACAGAUCCCUGCAGCCGCACGCCUCAUUCAGACGUCAUGGAGGUGUUUUGCGGUGGAGAACUUUGACUCGGCCACGUUCAAGAUGUUCCUGAAGAAGCGGUCCCACGUCAUGGCCUCCUCGUUGUCUACGCCCAAGGCCAAGAAAUCGGUGAAGAUAAGGAAGAAGUUGAAGAGCACAGACAAGGACAACGGUCUGACGUCUCCCACGAUCCCCAGCAUCACCUUCGACUCGGUGUUCGACAGCGGGAGGGAGCUGAGCUCGGAUGUUUACAGCACCGUGGGCACAGAUCAUCAGCAGUCCUGGACGUCUUUAUCCUCCCUUCAGUUCAGCUCCCCCCCUCCAGUGAAGAGAAGCCCGGGCCUCUUAGAUGUUCAGUCCCCCGGCCCCCUCCAGAGGAACUGCAGCUUCGCAGACGACCUGGAGCUGGAGCCGGAGCGGUACAGCGAGCUGGCUCCCGUCAGCUCCGUGUCACAAAUGACGGAGUCGCACAGAAAAGCCAUUCGAGUGAUCCAGAGGAUGCGCUACUUCGUGGCCAAGAGGAAUUUCCAGCAAGCCCGUAAGCCGUACGAUGUGCGGGACGUGAUCGAGCAGUACUCCCAGGGUCACCUCAACCUCAUGGUGCGCAUCAAGGAGCUGCAGAGGAGACUGGACCAGUCUUUGGGGAAGAUAACUUUGUUCCAGACGGGCCCAGACAGAGCCAGGGACAAAGGCACCAACUCCAUCGGCUCCAGACUCAACAGGAUGGAGGAUAAGAUAACGCACAUGGACCAGACUCUGAAGCGUAUUGCCGAGUCGCUGUCCUUCCUGCGGGACCAGAGGGACGUCGGUGGGGGCGAAGGUGGGGGCGAAGGUGGGGGCGAAGGUGGGGACAGGCCGAGACCUCAGCCCGGGCGGAGCAGUACUGUCGUCCCCCCCGGCCAGGACAGCCUGCCAAGCUACGAGCAGCUGUCCUCAUCGCACUCGUCCGUCUCCUUCAGCAGCGUCCCUGGCACAGCGGGUGGUCCCAACCCUCGAUUCACUGCCACCGCCAGUCAGGACGAGGGCUGCUGAUCCGUCCGUCCAUCCGUCCGUCUCUCACUCCGACUGUCUGUCUGUCUGUCUGUCCACCUGUAUGUCCCUCAACGUCUGUCCAUCCAUCCACUGUUGUUUCUAUCCCGUCCGUCCAUCUCUGUCCAUUCAUCCAUCCAGCUUUUCGUCCAUCCAUCCACUGUUGUUUCUAUCCCAUCCAAUCCGUCUGUGUGUCCACUUGUUCAUCCAUCCGUCCGUCCAUCCGUUUAUUUAUUCCAUCCGUCCAUCUCUCUUAUCUGAAGCAUCUCA